AUGAACAGUGUGUUUGCUCACAACGUGACCAACAAGACGGAUCCAAAGUCCAUCAACUCCCGGGUGUUCAUCGGCAACCUGAACACUGCAGUGGUGAAGAAGUCGGACGUGGAGACCAUCUUUUCAAAGUACGGCCGGGUGCUGGGCUGCUCCGUGCACAAGGGCUACGCCUUCAUCCAGUACGCCAGCGAGAGGCGCGCCCAAGGGGCCGUGAUGGGGGAGAACGGGAGGGUGCUAGCCGGACAGACGCUGG